AUGGCAGGAGGCGAUAGGAUAACAAACGAGAUGCUGAAAGUACUGUACUCGAUCUCUUCAGAAACAAUAAUCAGUCUGUUUGAUAGAAUCUUCAGUGAACAUUCGGUACCUCAGCAGUGGAAAACAUCAGACAUAAUUCUACUGUUCAAGAAAGGAGAUCAAUACGACAUCAACAACUAUCGACCAAUAAGCAUUUCAUCUUGUUUCGGGAAACUCUUCAUGAAAAUGCUACAAUAUCGCCUACAACCAAUUAUGAAUGAGCGUCAACCAGUCGAGCAGGCGGGAUUUCGAAGUGGAUUCUCAACGAUUGACCAUCUUCAAGCAGUUAGUCAACUCAUAGAAAAAUGUGAGGAAUUCAUAUAG